AUGACCGCAGAUUUUAAUGAGGUGAUACCAGAGACAGAAAGACUCGACAACAGUCUGCAAAAAGCUCGAGCCCAGCUCUCUGUCAAAGCAAGACGGCAAAGACCAUCAAGAUCUCGACUAAGAGAUAGCAUCAGCUCCACAGAAGGGGAUGAGAGCCUGGAGAGGAAGGCUUCCGACAGCUAUGGAAGCCCGUUGCACAACAUGAGGUCUCCUCUCCACUCCUCCCUUCGAGGAUCCUCUCCUUCUUCUGAAUCAGUCCUCUCCUCAGCGUCUCCCUCGUGCAGGUCGUCUGCGUUCUUGUUUGACGUCAAUAUCAUGAGGAGGACGUAUGAGGAUGGAGAUCACACACGUGACCAGACACUGACAGACGUCUCAUCACAGGAGACCCUGGGAUUGACACCUGCCAGUUCUCCUUCCAAAUCAUGCCAUAGUUCGGACACCUCUCCCAUUCACACUCGGAGGGACAGGAGGGCAGAAAAACACAGUGAAGGCUCUGGUGAUAGUAAGGAGACCAGUCCAGGGGAACCAGGGAGUCCUGUGGUGGGACUCGACAAGAAAGCAAAGAGAAAGUUCUUGGAUCUCGGGGCUCAGCUUCGAAGAUCCUCCUCCACAAAGGGAAGGCGAGGAGACAAAGCAGCCAACAGGCUAUCUACCGGCAGCAGGGAGUCCAUUGAGACCUCGGUCAGUAUUCUGGCCUCGGCCAAGUCGGCUGUGCCGCAGUUUGCACCGUUUUCGUGGUUCACAGACAGCAGCAAAGGAUCGACCUCCUCCAGCGGCACAAUGUCACCCACCUGCUCUCCCAGGGCCUCCUCGCAGGGAUUCCCUUCCCAAAAAUCUGCUUCUCAGGAUUCCACUCUGAGCAACGAGUCCAGCCCACGAAGUGGAAGUCCGAAGAUCCUGAGCAGCUCGAUAGCCGAGUCCCGUGGUACUCCCACCCACACUUUAUCCCUUUCCUCCGAUGAACAUACAGUAACUAGAAUACCAUCUGUUUUACACAAGUGUCUUGAUGAAGGACAGACGUAUUGCCUGGUUUCGAGUUGGACAACGCAACAAGUCAGCCAGUGGCUAAGAGGCCUGAACAUGGACCAAUACUCCUCCGAAUUCACUGCUGGAAAUAUCGAUGGUGAACAACUGCUGCGCUUGGACGGAAGCAAAUUGAAGGCGUUGGGAGUCGUUAACUCGCAGGAUCGUUCCCUGCUCAAAAAGAAACUUCGAGACGUGAACGCAGCGGUGGAAAGGGAAAGGAAAACCUUAGAAAAACUGGAAAAGCAGAAGGAGAAACAGAAGAAAAAAGAACAGGAACAAUCACAGAAGAAGUGUUCGGAUGGGAACGUGGACGGACGGACUUUCCAAAUGCAGUUCCCGGGGGAAGGUUUGGCAGCGGAUCAGCAAGAAUCACAGCGCAGAGAACUCAACAGCAGAUAAUUGGCAUGUGUCUUCUGCGUGUUUUGUAUUUAACCAUUGCGUUUGCAUCAGCAUCUCAUUGCAAAGAGACUUCGAGAAUACUUGGCUCCAGAUAAUUUCCUCA